AUGGCUGGAAUCAUGGGCUACUUUGGUGGGCGUCGGGAUGCGAAGCAAUCCUCCCGGGACGCUAUUGUCACGCUGCGGCAGCAGCUGCAGCUCAUAGACAAGAAGGAGGAAUACCUGCAGAAGAAGAUUGACGAGGAGAUGAAGAAGGCGCGGGCUAACGCCGUCACGAACAAGCAAGCGGCGACGGCUGCGCUCAGACGGAAGAAGGCGACGGAGCAAGAGCUUGAGCGACUGCAGGGCACACGGUUCCAGCUGGAGAUGCAGGUGAACACGCUCGAGUCGGCGAGCUUCAACGCGGAGACUAUGGCCGCGAUGAAGAAGGCCAGCGGCGCACUCAAGGAUAUCCAUGGCAAGUUGACCAUCGACAGGGUUGAUACGACAAUGGCGGAGAUUCAGGAUCAGACGCAACUGGCGAAUGAGGUGUCUGAAGCGAUAUCUGCCAACACAUACAGCGGCAUCGAUAUUGAUGAGGAUGAGCUGAAGGCAGAGCUCGCUGGUCUCGAGGACGAAGAACUCGAUAAGCGUCUCAUGGGUGCGGAUCACGUCCCAGUACAUCAGCCAGGCGGUCCAAGCAGAGUGGAAGAGCGGCCGACAGCCGUGGAGGAUGACGAGGAGGCGCAACUCCGGGAACUGCAAGCCGCUCUGGCGAUGUGA